UGUGUUAUCUGGGUAAUUGACAUCCUUGUCUUACACCUCUUUUAAGAUCAAUUUUUUUUCCCAUUUCUCCAUUUACAUAAACCUUGCUAAAAGAUUUUUCGUACAGGGAUUUUAUAUUUCUAAUAAAAAUUUCGCUAAAUCCCAUUUUUAAUAAAACUUCGUACAGAAAGGUGUGGUCCACCAUAUUAUAUGGCUUUUCGAAAUCCAUACUCCCUAUUGCCACCCCUUUUUCUCUUAAAUUACUUCCUUUGUAAGUGUCCUGCGAUGAAAACCAUUCUAUAAUUUUUCGAUAUGUUGUGAGAUUUUGACUAAUGUCUCUGUUUGCUAACCCUCCUGUUUGUUCUUGAACGAUUAUGUAAGGUAAAAUAUUUUUGAGUCUCAAUGUUAAAAUUUUUGUUAACAUUUUGCAGUUGGAGCAUAAAAGGCUAAUAGGUCGCCUAUUACUUAAAAUUUUACGGCUUCCACCUUUGUGCAGUAAGGUUAUUAUUCCUGUAGUCUGGGUUUUGCUAAGUUCCUCGGUAUCCAAUGUAUUGUUAAACAUAAAUGUGAUUGCUUCUUUUAACCAAGGCCAAAUUUUUUUGUAAAAUUCAACAGGCAAUCCAUCUAUUUCUGGUGAUUUAUUUUGUGGCAUUGUUUCAAUUGCAUUCCAUACUUCAUCUUCUGUUAUUUUUUUAACUUUAUCUAAAUUCAUAUCCUGGCUUACUCAAACACUUAAAUUGUUUAAAAUUUUCUGUCUUUUCACUGGAUUAUGGGUGCAAAGAGAGUAUAAACGUUCGUAAGAUAAAAAUAUUGUUUGGUGUACACCUGGUUUUUUUCCCUGUAUCUUGAUCUUUCAAUUCUGUAAUUGUUCUAUUUUCUCCAUUGAUUUUUUCCUUAAUUAGAUUCGACACACUAAUAGUUUCAUUACCAAUAAAAUCAUAUAAUUUUCCUCUGACUUUCUUUCCCUCUUCAUCUUUUAAAUAAAUAUUAAAAAAAAAAUGAUUAAGUAAUAAUCUUCAAAGUUGUUUUGUCCUUGAUCUAUUUCGGCUUUGGGUGCGUCCAGUCGGUAUCCAAUCGAAUUAUUUUUCGAACAGCUGAUUAUCAAAGUUCUUGUACAGCCUGAAUUAGAUUUAGCUUUCGGCAUUGCCAGAUUCUGAUACUUUUGUUUGUUUGCAAGAGCAGUAGGCUUUGAAAUAUUUUUACGAAUUGUUUUGUUUGGGUGAAGUGCAACUAAUUUGAGAAUGGAUCUGAGACCACUUUUGGGAAUAAUUUCAUUUCUGCAACAAGAAGAAGAUGACGAAGAAGAAGACAUUUUAGCAAUUUUAAGCAUCAUUAAGUUCGUAACCAAAAACGGAAACACUCCGUACAGGAUGUCUUUGCUUCUAAAGUGGAUCAUGAAGAAAAGUCAGAUAAGGCUUAUUAGAGAACAACGACGCACGGAAAGAAUUGUUCUUCCGGGAUAUGCAGAAAUGGUGUUUCGUUACCGAGACAUUCAAUUUGCUGAAGAUUACCGGAUGGGUCGUGAAAAAUUCCAAGAACUACUGCAAAUUAUUGGUCCUGCAUUGUGUGAGACUUUUAUUAAUGACGGGGAACCCGUAAAAAACAAGCUACUAUUAGGUAUUUGGGCAUUGUCAACCCGAAAAAGCUUCCGUGAAGUUGCCAAUCCUUUGGAUUAA